AUGGUCAACUCGUGUUGUGGCUCUGUCUGCUCUGAGCAGAGCUGUGAAGAGAGCUGCUGCCGGCCCUCUUGCUGUGUGUCCAGCUGCUGCCGGCCUCAGUGUUGCCAGUCUGUGUGCUGCCAGCCCACCUGCUGCCGCCCCAGCUGUUGCCGCCCCAGCUGCUGUGUGUCCAGCUGCUGCCGCCCCAGCUGCUGUGGAUCCAGUUGCUGUGGUGGCUCCAGCUGCUGCCGCCCCUCUUGCUGCAUCUCUAGUGGUUGCCGCCCCACCUGUUGCCGCCCCUCUUGCUGUAGUUCCAGCUGCUGUCGCCCCUCCUGUUGCAUCUCCAGCUGCUGCCGCCCCAGCUGCUGCAUUUCUAGCUGUUGCCGCCCCUCUUGCUGUGGCUCCAGCGGCUGUGGCUCUCCCUGUGGAGGUUCCAGCUGCUGCAGACCCACUUGCUGCAUCUCCAGCUGCUGCCGUCCCAGCUGCUGCAUUUCCAGCUGUUGCCGCCCCUCUUGCUGUGGCUCUAGCUGUUGUGGCUCUCCCUACGGUGGCUCCAGCUGCUGUAGACCCACCUGCUGCAUCUCUAGCUGUUGUCGCCCCAUCUGCUGCCAGACCACCUGCUGCCGCCCUAUCUGCUCCAGUGCCUCUUGCUGCUGA